CUGCUCCUAUGAUGCUGCUUGGCCUGCUGUGUUCAUCCAGCCCUGCACCUUGUUGUCUCUGUGGCCCUGCUCCUUUUUGUCCCUUCUCCCGUAGCCCUUACCAUCCCUGAAGCCCAGCCCCUCCAUAACCCCUCUUCCUCUGUGUCUCCCUAUGUAGCCCCCUUCCCAAAUCCCCUCCUCUUUGUGCCCCUCUUCCUACAGCCACUCCCAUCUGUGCCCCUUUCCCUGUACUCCUCAUGACUCCUCAAUAUACCCCUUCCUCUGUAGAUCCCUCCCUCUCUGCCACCUCACUGUAGCCCCUUCCCUCCAUGCUCCCUGUAACAUCGCCACUUUGUUGCUGUGUGCCCAUUAUAGCCCUUUACCCUCUGUUCCGCCAUAGCUCCUCCCUUUACCUGUAGCCCCAAUCAUGCCACCCCAAAGCACCCAUGACCACUAUAAGUCCCUCCCUGUGAACGUAAGGCCCUCACAGUGCCCCCUACAUCCCCUCAAUACCGCUAUAUUUCACUGCUGUGCUCCCCCUGUCCCCCCUCAGUUCCUCGCUGGUCCUCCCUCUGUGUCUCAAUCGUCACCGUGCCCCCUAUAUCUCCUCAGUUGCUCCCUUUCUCUACCCCGGAUACCCCCUCAGUUCCUCCCUGUAGCCCACCCCAGAUCCACCCUCAGUUCCUCCCUGUCUCCACCCUGUGUUCCCCCCCCUCAGUUCCUCCAUAUCUCCCCGUCUCACACCCCCUUCCCCUCUCCGGUCUCUCCAACUCACACACUCACACUCUCCUACCCCGCAGCCGAGCUGAGGGAGCCUGUCCACGGAAGUACGCGGCCGAGUUCAGGCAGCUCCUUCCGCUCGGCGCUGAUUGGCCGCCGCUGCCCCACGGAUCGGGGAUCAGUUUGUUUACACCGGAGCCGGAGCCGGAGCCGGGGCGCGGGGGCCCGCAGCCGGAGAGAACUUUCCAGAACCAUGAGCGAACGGCACAGCAACCAGGAGGAGAGCCUGCAGGGAUCUUGGGUAGAGUUGCACUACAGUAACAAUGGCAGCAAUGGAAGCAGCACACAAAAUGGAGCACAGGAACAGGUUCCAGCACCCACUUCAAUCCUCAAUGGGGAAAUGGAAAAAAUACUCCUAGAUGCUCAACAUGAAUCAGGCCGAACCAGCUCCAGAGGAAGUUCUCACUGUGACAGCCCUCCACGUUCAUUGACUCCUCAGCAGCCUCGCUGCAGUUCUGAAAUAGACACACAUAGCAAUGGAGAGAAAAACAGCUCUCAGUCUGAAGAAGAUUAUCUCGAGAGAAAGAGAGAAGUAGAAAAUAUAAUGAAGAAAAAUGCUGAUUGGAUCUGGGAUUGGUCAAGCAGGCCAGAAAAUAUACCCCCAAAGGAAUUCCAGUUCAAACAUCCAAAGCGGUCUGCCACGCUGAGUAUGAGGAACACUGGAGUCAUGAAAAAAGGUGGCAUUUUCUCAGCUGAAUUUCUGAAAGUCUUCCUACCUUCCCUGCUUAUCUCCCACAUGUUAGCCAUUGGUUUGGGAAUCUACAUAGGUAGACGCUUAAGUACCCCAUCCAGUGCUGUUUAAGGAUAUCCAAGUGAAGAUGCAUGCUUGUGAUAUGUGGCAGAUCCUGUGAAGAAGUCUUCAGAAGCAGCCAUUGACAAUGGCCUUGUUCACCUUUCCUGUAGCUGCUGGGUUCCUGCUCUCCCCGCCAAGUGAUAAUAACAAUCUCAAAGACUGUGUUCUUUAUUGAUUAGCCCCAUCCCCUCACUGCCUAGUUAGACUGUAUCUAUUCAAAAUAAUUUUCCCGUUCCACAAAUACAGUGACAUUGGGAUUUAAUUUUCAUGGAAACCAUUUCACAAGUUGUGAAAUAUUUUACAUAGAAGUGAGAGACAAUAGUUUAGAAAUUUUGGUUGAUAUGAAUAACAGUUCAACACAUCGCUGAAACAGUUGGAUGCUUUACAAUUUUCAGAUUAAUCUUCCCCCUGGGAUGGAUGUGUAGGCGUUCAACCUUCUCUAUACGUUUCUUCAGUGUUCCACCGCUGGGAAGAAUUCCUUCUUUAAAACAUUAUAACUGAUAAUGAAAAGGCACAAUUGUGUGAGAUUCCUAGUUAUUUCUAACAAUGAAGAGGGUGUAAAAAGAACAGCUGUACGAAAUUUAGUUAAAGCUGUGAAUGAACUGAAAUACAUGCAACUAAAGCGUGAUGUAGCUGACUCUUGUAAUUGAAUACCGGGGUGUUUGAAAAGUUGAGAUCUUGCAUUAUAUUUGAAAUCAUUAAAUGGAAUAAGAUCAAUUAUGAUUGAAAAUUUUGUUUAGGAAGUUUUUAAAUAAUCUUUUAAAAGCCAAUUACAUGAUAUCAAAUUUAUUAAGUAUACUUUGUAUUGUUACUGGACUUAAUUUCAAUGCAAAGUUUUUUCAUUGAUUGCACUUGUGUUUGUCUUGGUGAUAAAUUACAGUAAAAAUAUCCAUGAUAUGACAACAUUAAUAAAUGUACUGGAUCAUACGUGAAAUUUUAAAAGUUGGCUUAGUACUCGUGCUAAUUACUAUUGUUAUAGGCUUGUUUAGAAUUUAUGUAAAAAUAACAAACCUACAGUGAAACAUCAUGAUCAUUACAAUGGAGGUAACCCACCUGCCUGUUGGAUAACUGGACGUUCCAGAAUUUCGCUCAUAUUCUAGUAUAGUAAUUCAUUAGGUAUGGGAAUGAAGAUAUAUACAACUCAAAUAACAAAUGAAGCAUUCACAGGCUCUGUGUUAGCACUGUUUCACAGGAGCAUUGUCACAUUAAAAAUUUUGGUAAUUUAGUCCAAACCUUUUACAGCAGGCAUUUUAUGUGCAAAUGCGAGUUACCGUUUCUGCCAGAUGCUUAGUUUGGCAUGAUAGCUUUGAUAAAAUUAAAAAUCAUUUCAAUUCCAGUUAGUUGGCCUUGAGUGGCUACAGAGCAGAAUUUGUAUUGCACAGUUUUAAAGACUCCCACAAGGAGAAUCCUCAAAAUUUCAGUGUUGCUUUUCAAGAGUAAGUCAGCUUUCUUAGUCUUUACUAUUUUGCUAGGUCGAAGGCCAGAGCCAUCAAUGCGGUACAUAGAAUAAAUGGAAAAGAAUGAGAGAGAAAUUUGGAAGCAUCUGGAGGUAUCUUUGGGGAUACUAUUUUAAAAUGUGUACAAACAAUUGAAGUUUAAGGGAAAAGAAGUCUGUCAGAGUAAGACUUCGGUUACAUUCAGUGCACCGUAAUGAAAUGUGAACUAACCACAGUUGGUUCUGUUUGAAAGGGAGUAUCCAAGAUGUUAUUAUGAAAAGCUGUGAAACUGUUGCUAAUGGAAAAGGAUAGCAUUGUGUUUUGGCUGAUGCAAGCAAUUCUGAUUUAAAUAACUCCAAUUUAGACUUGCAUAUUUGAAGUGGUGGGAUCUGUAAUUGGGAAAAAUAGAUAAUUGAAAUUUGAUUAAUGGUGCUUUCAUUGUCCUCCGAUUUGCUGUAUUGAGGUGACAGGUUAAUGUGUCAAAUUUUGCAAAAUGCUAUGUUGUAUGUUUCAUGCUUGUAAUCCACAUGGACAUUCUCAUAAUUUGCUUUAAAUGCUUAAAACAUAAAAAUAAAAGCAUUGUAUGAUUAUGUUUCACUUA